ACGAACAGGGCCUAAAACAAAUAUAAACACAAUUGCUGUGAUGAAUGAAUUUGAUGACUCUUGGGUGACAGAAGAGUCACCCAAGAAAAGAAAGCUGUUUCGUUGGAGCCUCUAUCUCAGAUGGAAGAAGACAAGUGCAGUUCGAAAGCUGCUGGUAAACAACCGGACGCGGCACAAGUGAUUGAUGAUUGAGAGAAAGUAUGCGGACUGAUAGAAGAAAAUAUUAAACGCCAAUGAAGUUUUGUCUCUGUGCCUGCUUAUCUUUUCUGUGUGUGUAUUGAACUAAUGAAACUUGAGUAGUUUCUGUUAUAUUCUUCUACUUGGGAGCUCAAAGAUUAGUUUAUUCAGAUUAACCAAACUUUUUUUUUCUGUUGAAAGCACUUUUCUCAAAACUGUGGGACUCUUUCCUGAAACUCACAUAUAAGGGACUUCUGGUUCGGUUUUAUGACAGAACAGACGAUGGUACGAACAUAAUCAAUCUACUAGAUGACCCAAAAACAAUGAGUGUAUUCUUCACUUUUCAAAGUAACUUGAAAUUAAUAUAACAGAACAAAUAACAGUGUCAGCUUGUUUUCAAAAAGUACAUUGUUUGAUUUUCAGAUUCGCAUUUGAGAUAAAGUGCAGCAAGCUGUGGAUAUAUGCUUUGCCUUUCAUUGCCUCUUGUUCAAGCAUUUUUAUUUUACUUUGUCCCUCCUCCAACUGAAGAAACGUUAAAGAAUUUGCGUAAAUUACUGAUUUCUCAUUCUUCUGUCACGAUCUUUUAUAUUUGUUCUACCUUUUUUCCCUAUAUAAAUCUCAUUUCGAAAGAUGCGUUUUUUUCCAAAGCAAUGUCCUCACAAAAGAGUUCGCAUUACAUGGCAGACUCCAAGAUGGAACUUGAUACCAAUAGAAAAGCAUGGAUUUUUCAACCGAGUGGUCUUAAUUUCGUUUGGGGAGGUGACUCAAGAUAUUGGGUUAUCCCUAAAGAACCACGGGUGCCUGCUGAGAUGAAGAUGGUGAGUUGGUUAGAAGUAACCGGUUCGUUCGAUAAGACUGAACCCGGGAAGGCAUACCAAAUCGGUUUCAAAAUCUCGUUUAAACCGGAGGCUACCGGUUGGGACGGAGCCCCACUCGCCAUGUCUGCUAAAAUCGGAAAGAAAGGCAAGACGGUGUGGAAAAAAAUCAAAUCUGUUAACCAGAACAAAGGCGGGUCCGAACCGGUCAAUAUACCUGACGAAUCUGAUGGCCAGUUCGAAAUCUCGGUUAGCCCCACAGCGGAUAACCAAGAUACCAAGCUUCAGUUUGGUCUCUAUGAGGUGUGGACCGGACGAUGGAAGACCGGUUUGUUGAUCCAUGAAGCCUUUGUUCAACAAGUGUAAGUCAUUGUUGGAAACACAAAUCUUAUUGUAACUAAAGUUCCACCGAUUAUUCAUAUAAUAUAAUAAUGUAACUCAAAGAGGUAAAAGCCAUAUAGCAAUAUGA